AUGACUGGCAAAGAGAAGCUCCUCGAAGCCAUAAAGCCAUGGCUUUGCUGUAGUAGGCCUCGCCACAAUAAUAAUAAAUACCACGACCUAGAGAAGUCCGGUAAUUCCUCUGGAUUAAACAUCUCGGCCCCCAUUGCUAUCGAGGUCAAUGGGAAACCAGGAGGGGAUUUUGGAGGACCCAUGCUGAGUGUUGAGGAACUACCAACCGGCCAGCCGCCGAAACGGCUUGAUGGGAACUUCGACCCAAAGUUCCCGCCGGCAUCUCUGGGCUCUUAUGCGCCUGAUAACGAGAAACGGAGGACGUUCGACUUCUUCCAGUAUACCCCGACGGCGCCAAAUCGGAUCACGCAGAUAAUCGAUUCAUAUGGCGAUUACGGGGAAGGUCCGAAUGGAAGGAAGCCUCCAGUGCCACCGGUGCCGUUGAAGUUGGACGACGACUAUCUCCGUAGUGAGAUUGAGUUUAUUCGCGCGGCGGCGAGAAAGUAUCCUGAUAAUGCAGACCUUUCAGCGGCUGCGGAUGCAACGUAUCUCGUUGACGAGAAUGGGGAGCCUCGGCCGGAAAUGAUCAAGGCAAUAGAUAGAGUAUUGGGAGGUUCAGCGAGAGAAAGACAACACAUGUCAAGCUCGUCGAUAUCAGAUUAUAACUCGAUGAACCUGAUACAACCAUUGCAUCCAAAGCCAGCACGGUGCAGAGAUGGUGACCAACCAAGGCAAUUGCUGAGAUCAAUGGAUGAAAGGAAGCAGCUGGAGCAGAGACUACUGAAUAUCCAAAGAUCUCUCUCACAGCGCAAGAAAGAUAAGACAGAUUCUCUUUUGGUCCCAUCCGCAGCACACGGACCUCAAGGCCCGCAUUCCUUACAGCAUAGGGAGGUGAUUGAUGAACUCAUUGAUGAUUUCUAUGACGACGAUUGUCCUCAAGUCACCCAAGAGAGCUUGCCUAAGCCGCCUCCACCAUCCGCCCAACCCCGCCGUGCGCCAACGCUGUCCGCCUUGAAUCCACACCGAAGAAAUACGUUUAGAAAUAGUAAUCCCCUCGAUGACUCCAGGUUUUCGCUUAAUUACAGCGAAUACAUCUAUGAGGAAUACGGCAAGCCCUCGCCAACCGAAGUCAUGUUUCCCACAGCAGCGGAUGACCCUGGUCUAAUGAGAUCUGUAUCUCAGCGUCCUGCAGAGCCACCUCUGCGACGCACCCGUUCGUCCGAAACCAUCGUUCCACAAAGAACACUGAUGUUGUCUCGUAACGACUCUGUGGCAUCAGCGCCAGGAAAUCGCAUCGACAGAUGGCUGUCCAAACAGGACGAAAUAUAUGGUGCCGAGGAUUCGGGGCCAGCUCCUAUCACCAAUCUUCCCCGCCUCCCCAAAGCAUCUAGGCUAUCCAAGAGGCCGGAAUCACUGCUUAGGAGAAAUUCAAUUGGCACUGCAGAAGACUACUGGCCCUCAGCACGCGACAUCAUACCAAGUCCCGGGUUCCCUCCCCCUGCUAACUCAUGUGUGGGGAUACCCUACUCUGCCAUGUUGAGGAAGGAUCCAGCAACUGUUAGCGUUGUUAGCGCAAACACAUAUCACAGCGCUUCUUCUGUUCCGCCUCCACCAUCUGAACUGGCGCAGCAGUACAUAUCUGAACUAGAGGGUAUUCCUACUGGCCCUGGAAGGCAUUCGAUGGAAGACCUGCCGUCCCAUGGCCACCGCUUGACAGGCUUCGAGGCUGGUAAGAUGAUUUAA